CGGGGUUUUGUCGCCCGCCCUUCCGCCGAGCCGCCCGCACUGUCACCUGGUCUGGCUAGGAGGACAGCAAGAUACUCCUUUGGCGGUUUGCCAGCGAGAGAACUCCUAAGAGUGACCUCGAAUGUCCUUUCUCUGCUGAAUCCGGAAGGUCUUCUGCAGGUCUUUAGGUUCCCAGUGGCUCAGGUGCACUUGGGCAGACCAACGAUGAGAGCCAGUCAGCAAGACUUUGAAAAUGCAAUGAACCAAGUGAAACUCUUGAAGCAGGACCCAGGAAACCAAGUGAAGCUGAAACUCUACGCACUGUAUAAGCAGGCCACAGACGGACCCUGUAAUGUGCCUAAGCCAGGUGUGUUUGACCUGGUCAAUAAAGCCAAGUGGGAAGCAUGGAAUGCCCUUGGCAGCCUGCCAAAGGAAACUGCCAGGCAGAACUAUGUGGAUCUGGUGUCCAGUUUGAGUCCUUCAUCUGAAGCCUCUAGCCAGGGAACCCAUGGAGCCGAUGAGAAAGUGCAGGAGUCUAAGGACAUUGUGGUAUCCUCUGAAGAUGGCAUCACAAAGAUCAUGUUCAAUCGGCCCACCAAAAAGAAUGCCAUAACCUUCCAGAUGUAUCAGGAUAUCAUGCUUGCACUUAAAAAUGCUAGCACCGACAACUCAGCCAUAACUGUUUUCACAGGAGCUGGUGACUACUACUGCAGUGGGAAUGACCUAACUAACUUCACUAGUGCUGCUGGUGGAAUGGAGGAGGCAGCAAGCAAGGGUGCUGUGGUACUGAGGGAAUUUGUAAACAGUUUUAUAGACUUUCCCAAACCUCUGGUUGCAGUAGUAAAUGGCCCAGCUGUAGGAAUCUCUGUCACCCUUCUGGGACUGUUUGAUGCUGUCUAUGCAUCUGACAAGGCAACAUUUCAUACUCCAUUCAGUCACCUCGGUCAGAGCCCAGAAGCAUGCUCCUCUUACACAUUUCCAAGGAUAAUGGGCUCAGCAAAGGCAGCUGAGGUGCUUCUCUUCGGGAAGAAGCUCACAGCAAGAGAGGCUUGUGCUCACGGCCUGGUCUCUGAAGUUUUUCCUGAGAGCACUUUUGAGAAAGAAGUCUGGACCAGGCUGAGAGCAUAUGCGAAGCUCCCACCAAAUUCCAUGAGAAUUUCCAAGGAGUUAAUCAGAAAAAACGAGAAGGAAAAGCUCCAUGAAGUUAAUGCUGAAGAGUGCACUACCCUCAAAGCAAGGUGGCUGUCAGAUGAAUGCAUCAAUGCCAUUAUGAACUUCGUAUCCAGAAAAGCAAAGCUGGGAAGACCACAGAGCAGUUAGACUUCCUUAGGAAGGAUGUGCUGUGAGUCCCGGUUUCUGCUAUUGAGGGACACACACUUCACUGUGCCUUUUCCUUGACUAACAGAGCAGUUAUGAUGAGCCUGCCACACUGCAUGACAAAUA